UUAUUGCGUACUUAUAUUGGUUUAUAUAUGUUACAGGCAUAUUAAGAACAAGCCAUACCCAAAAUCCAGGUACUGUCGUGGUGUACGUGACCCAAAGAUUAUAAUUUAUGAUGUUGGGAUGACAAAGAAAGGAGUUGAUGAGUUCCCCUUUUGUAUCCACUUGGUGAGUUGGUAGAAGGAAAAUGUAUCAAGUGAAGCUUUGGAGGCUACUCGUAUUACCUGUAACAAGUACAUGACCAAGUUUGAUGGGAAGGGCGCCUUCCAUUUAAGAGUCAGGGUACAUCCUUUCCAUGUAUUGCGUAUAAACAAGAUGCUUUCAUGGGCUGGACCUGAUAGGCUUUAGAUUGGUAUGAGAGGAGCAUUUGGUAAACCCCUAGGUACUUGUGCCAGAGUUAGAAUCGGUCAGGUCCUCAUAUCAGUUCGCUGUAAGGAUACCAAUGGCAACAAUGCCCAGGAAGCCCUUUGUCGUGCCAACUUCAAGUUCCCUGGACGUCAAACGAUCAUUGUCAGCAGGAAGUGGGGAUUCACAAAGUUCAGCCAAAAUGACUACUCAAAUGGAAGUCAUAGAAAAGAAUCGUUGCAGACGGUGUCAGUGCUAAGAAUGAUGCAGUGGCAGUAGUGCCUUACCUCCUUCAAGUGCUAUUAUGAGUAUCUCGUAUUCUCGUGCCCUACCUACACCCUAUGGAUACAGAAUCGUUGAGAUGAUGGGUUGGAUAUUGAGGCGAUGUUGUAUUUUAUUG